GCUAUUUGAAAACAAUGCAACGUAAAAAAGAUCCAGAUGAUCAUUACAAAUAUGUAGCAAAGCAACGAGCUCCAAAUGAGAAAAUUUAUAAUGAAAGAAUGGUGGAUUUCAAAGACUGGUAUAAUGAAGAAGUGUAUCAGAGUCUUGAAAAAUUAUAUAAAUUAUAUCUCUUAUUCGCAAACUAA